AUGCACGCUUCUACUUCCGGUCCUUGCCUCAAUCGUUCUCGAUCUCGUCUCUGCUUCCGAAAGAUGAAGUCCACAGUCCUCCUCGCCGCAGGCGCCACCGCCGCCACCGCGGCAUCAGCAAAGACUCCAGGCGACUACCUCACCUGGGCAGCCGACUCCUUCCUCCUCCACAAACCUGCCGUCCCCACAGACUACCACUACACAACCGCCGUCCUCUACGAUGGCUACCAAGCCGCCUACAACCUCACCAAGAACGAGACCUACGCCGAUUGGUCAAAGUCGCAGAUUGAUGGCAAUGUCGUCCUUGCCAAUGGCAGCAUCAAUGACUGGAACAUGACCUACUACUCCCUGGACGACUAUCGCAUGGCCAACAACUUCCUCUGGUGGUACAACCGCACCGGCGAGGAGAAGUACAAAACCGCUGCCUCUAUCGUCAGAGAGCAGUUGAACCGCCACCCACAAAACGCCGAGGGAGGCUUCAUGCAUCGCUACCCGAUCUACACGGACCAGCAAUGGCUCGACGGGAUUUUCAUGGCUGAUUCCUUCUAUGCCCGCUGGACGGCGCAAUUCGAUGCCGAUAACACCACCGCGUGGGAUCAUAUUGUGCUGCAAUUUGAGAACAUCGAGAAGCACUGCAGGAACGAAACAACAGGCCUCCUAGUCCACGGCUACGACGAGAGCAAGACUGCAGUCUGGGCUGAUCCCAUCACGGGCGCGGCGCCAAAUGUCUGGUCCCGCGCUGUGGGAUGGUACUUCAUCGCCCUCCUCGAAGUAAUCCCUCUCAUCCCCACCGCACAUGCCGGAUACGCGAAGCUUCUGGAGUACUACACCACCCUCGCGGCCGCGAUCAAGGCGCACCAGGAUGAGAAGGGUGGGUGGUGGUUGAUUAUGAAUGACCCGUAUGUCGGCGCUGAGGGGAAUUACAUUGAGAGUAGUGCUAGCGCUAUGUUUACGUAUGGACUGUUGAAGGGGAUUGCGGAUGGGUAUAUUGCUGAUGCUGAGUACUACGCGAGUGCGGAGAAGGGGUAUAAUCUUUUGAUUGAGGAUUUUGUGGUGGAGAAUAAGAAUGGGACUAUUAACUAUGACGGCACUGUGGCAGUUGGGAGUUUGAGUGGGAAUGGGACGUAUGAGUACUACAUUGGCGUCCCGAUUGCCAUUAACGAUUACAAGGGUGUUGGACCGUUCAUGUUGGCAAGCCAGCAGCAUCUGCACCAUUGUGCGUAG